UACUGCAGCCUGGCCCUCUACCUCAUCCUUCCUUCGACCAACAUGGCGCCUGCACCCGUUGCAGACGAGUACGACUUGGAAUCAAAUGGCCAGGAGUAUGGAGAGGACGAGGAGCAGAGACUGGUCAAUGAAGAGUACAAAACGUGGAAGAAGAACUCGCCCUUCCUUUACGAUAUGAUAUUAAGCCACGCCCUGCCUUGGCCUACACUAACGGUUCAGUGGUUCCCGGACGUUAAGGAGCCCGAAGGCAAGGAGCGUCGCAUCCACCGUCUGCUGAUAGGGACACACACCUCGGAUGGGAAGCCCAAUCACGUUCAAAUUGCGGAAGUCGAGGUUCCUAACAAUAUUAGCCCUAAUGCCCGCGACUACGAUGACGACCGGGGUGAGAUCGGUGGAUAUGGCAAGGCAUCUGCCUCUGCCGAUACCGCUGCAAUGAGGUUCAAAGUUGUGCAACGAAUUGACCAUCCGGGUGAAGUCAACAAAGCCCGUUAUUGUCCGCAGAAUCCUGACCUGAUUGCUACUUUGGCAGUUGAUGGCUCUAUUCUCAUUUUUGAUAGAACUAAGCACAGCUCGGAGCCAAAUGGCCAGGUUAACCCUCAAAUUAAGCUACAAGGCCAUAGCCAGGAAGGCUUCGGACUUGAUUGGAAUCCUCAUGUUGAGGGCUCAUUAGCGUCGGGAAGUGAAGACCAGACCGUUUGCCUCUGGGAUCUUCAAUCACUUGAAAGCGGCAAAAACACGUUGGAUCCUUCCCGUCGCUACACACAUCAUUCCAACAUUGUUAACGAUGUUCAAUAUCAUCCCAUAUCCCGCCACUUCAUCGGUAGCGUCUCCGACGAUUUGACCCUACAAAUACUGGAUGUGCGGCAGUCAUCUACGUCUCAGUCGUCCCUGACUGCGAAAAAUGGGCAUAGUGACGCUAUCAACGCACUGGCGUUUAAUCCGUCUACUGAGGUCUUGGUAGCUACUGCAUCGGCAGAUAAGACUAUUGGGAUCUGGGAUUUGCGCAACGUUAAGGAGAAGGUGCAUACUCUCGAAGGCCAUCAGGAUGCCGUCACAUCACUUUCCUGGCACCCACACGAGGCUGGCAUCCUAGGAAGCGCUAGCUAUGACCGACGGAUGAUCUUCUGGGAUCUCAGCCGGGUGGGCGAGGAACAGCAGCCUGAUGACCAGGAGGAUGGACCUCCCGAACUGUUAUUCAUGCAUGGUGGCCAUACCAACCACCUGGCAGAUUUCAGCUGGAACCGUAAUGAACCGUGGUUAGUGGCCAGCGCGGCUGAAGACAAUAUGCUUCAAGUCUGGAAGGUUGCAAACGCGAUUGUAGGCAGAGAUGAGGCGGAUCUCCCUUUGGAUGAACUUGGCAGGUAAAGAUGAGAGGCGGCGCGUCGAUACCCGAUUCAAGGCGAUGGUUCGAAAAGAAGCGAGACUCUCACAUUGCUGACGCACAGCUCAGUAGGAAUGACAAGGGUAAAAAAGGUACCGGUAGGCGCAGAUAAUUAUACGAUGCGAAAAGAUCAGAACGCAUUCAGCGGCAACGAGCUGCUCGCUCGCUCAGCGGUGGCGAGCCCUCAGCUGGUGGGAAAUAAGAAAUUUUACUACAUCGUGACAAUCAUAACAACUUCACCGUUCUCGGUGGCAUGACACACAGAAAGCAGCCUCAACUUGGCAAUUGUGCCAUCGACUACAUAGGCAGUUGGGUUUGUAAUGAGCAUACCGGGUUGAAUCAGGAAUAAGUGUUGUUGGUCAGUGUCUCUUGGUUUCAUGUUCAUGUUACUGUGGAGAGAAAUCAUCUGCCUUGUGUUUACCGGUUGCUUCUAUCUUUGAUGCUCUUCUGAGGAGGGACUGAGGGACUGAGAGAAUGUUACAAUAAAAUUCGCCAAGACUCCCUAUGUGAUCCUUUUGAAGCGAGGCGACUAUGGUGGCCAUAGCUAACUAAAUAAGUGGUGUACUUAGGUACCUUAGGUAUCCUAUUGAAUGUGGGGUAGGGGGUCCCUUUAGUGCAGUCAGGUAGGUACCUCUAGGCACCGACAGUGAGAGGUACUCACGGAGUAACAUGGCAUUUUGGAC